CGGCCCCACAGCCCCAAUUUGGGAUUUUGUCACCCGCCACGUCCGGAGCGAGCGGAACGUGAAGAAGAUUCGGGGAAAUCUGCGAUGGUAUGGACACCUGCAAGAGAUGGAGGCUGCAGCGGCUGGUCCUCCAAGCCGCCAGGGGGCACUGCGCGCGGAGGUGGAGCAGCUCCGGAAAGAGCUGCAGCUCCUGGAGGAUGCCAUUGAGGGUGCACAGGAAGAGGCCUGGCGCCUUGAGGCCUCAUUGGGGGGCGAGGCAGCGCUGGAGGUGGGCAGAGCUUCAGAGAGGGGUGGAGCUUCAGCUGCUUGGGGCGGAGCCAAGCCCUGAUUGGCUGCGUGGCGACCACCAGGGGGCUCUAAAGGGGCCCCUGGAAAGACCAGGCCAGUCCCAGGCAGAGCUUUCGGCCAUGUUGGCCUCGGGAGUAGAACCGGAAGUGCUGGUGUCAAUCAAGGCCCUGUGCAAGGCCAGGGAGGAGGAGCUGCAGAGGCCCCGCCCACUCAGGGAAACCCAGGAGGAGGCGCAGGAUUGGCUGGAGCAGGCUCAGGCUGCACUGGGCAGGCACAGCCCCGGGGCUGUGCUCUGGGCCUUGGAGGCGCUGGCCAAUCACAGCACCAGGGCACUCCUGGCCAGCCCUGCCCCCUCCCCCCAGGCCCCACCCACCCUGAGGAGCCACAUCCAGGGCUGCUGGGGGGCCGUGGGGGGGAUCUGGGCCCAGCUCCCCCCGCUCCUGUCCCACCUGGCCCAGCUGAAGCAGCGCCUGCAGGAGCUGCAGCCACACCUGGAGGGGAAGGGCAGCACCUGUGAGGCCACCAGGCUCACUCUGACCCGGGCGGGGCUCGAGGGAUUUUGGGGCUCCCUGAGCCAGGAACUACAGCGACAAAAUUGCCCAAAAUCUCCAAAAUCCACCCCAAAAUCCCACUCAGAAACGGCCCCAGAAUUGUUAGAAUUUGACCCAAAAUCUGACCCAAAAUUAUCAAAACUUGACUCAAAAUCGGCCCCAAAAUCGCAGGAAUUUGACCCAAAAUUGGCCCCAAAAAUUCUAGAAUUGACCCCAAAAGUCCCAAAAUCACCAGAAUUGGCCCCAAAAUCUGACCCAAAAUUUGACCCAAAAUUGGCCCCAAAAUUGCCAGAAUUUACCCCCAAAUUGGCUCCAAAAAUCCCAAAAUCUGACCCAAAAAUCCCAAAAUUGUCAGAAUUUGCCCCAAAAUUUGACCCAAAAUUAUCAAAAUUUGACCCCAUAUUGGCCCCAAAAGCCCCAAGAUCUCAGGAAUUUGCCCCAAAAUCUCGGGAUUUUGCCCCAAUCUCGGCCCUGGGGCGGCUCCAGCGGCGCUUGCAGAGGGGGAGGGGCCGAGUGCUGCGGCUCCAGCAGCACCUGCGGUUCCUGAGCGCGGCCACCAGGGGGCGCCGGGCGGCGCUGCGCCCCCUGCAGGAGCAGGUCGUGGGCGUGGCUCGAGCGGGACUGGGCUCGGCCCCUCCCCAGCUGGAGGGGGAGGGGCGGCACCGCCGUGGGCUCGUACUGGGAGCACUGGGAGAGCCCCUCCCCAACCCUGGUGCCCUCCCCCCACUGUGGGAAACGGGGAGGGGGCUGGGGGGGCCGCAGGGGGCACUGCUGUCCCGGGCAGCCAUCUUGAAGCAGCAGCUCCGCCAGGGGGCGCUGAGUGUGCACCGGAGGAGGGGGCUUCGGGGCCUGGGGGUGGGGCCAGGACCGGAAGUGCCACCCCUCACCCCGCCCCCCGAGCUGACGACCCAGCUGCGAUUGGUCAGCACCAGCUGCCAGGAGCGAAUCAGGGCAUGGCCCCGCCUCCUGGAUCUGCUCGACCAAUGGUGGACCCUGCCGGCUCAGUGGACCCUGGCCACGCCCCGUGGUCACGCCCCCUUCUCCCAUUGGCUGCAGCGCUGGCAAAGUGCUGCCCUCACUCUGCAAGCCACGCCCACUUUGGAGGAAGGGGAGGGGCAAGGGAAGAAGGCUCCACCCCCCGAGGGGCUCUGAGGGCUCUGAUUGGUUGGGAAUAAAAAUGGUGGCAGGAAAGGUG